AUGGCAUCAAAAGGUGAAAUGUUACGUCUUGAUGAAGUUCAUAUUUCGUCGAUCGAGUUGAUAACGCGAGAAGAACGAACCAUUCGUCGUCGAGGAAUGACGAAUGAAGAGCCACAUCAGCGGAUGGUGAUAUAUCUUUCACAAUCUGGUUUAUAUGGAGCGACGUUUCUUCGCGAAUUUAAGGUGAUGUCGGCAUUUAUACCGGUGUUGAUUGAGCGUUGGAGGCCUGAAACGCAUACGUUUCAUUUACCUUGCGGUGAAGUGACGAUACCUUUGGAAGAUGUCGCGUAUCAACUUGGCGUUCCGAUUAAUGGUAUGCCAUUGGUGCUUCGCAACACUUAUAAGGUAAAUGUUCUUAUUUCAAAUUUAUUGGGAAAGGAGGGUCCAACCGAUUUUAUUGAUGGGUUGCGGGUAUGA